AUGGCGAAAUUCAUCUCCGGAGCUUCGACGGGCUGCAGCAGGCGGAAGGCGCGGGGAGGGGCGCGGGGCAACCGGGCGGGAGGCUGCGUGCGGGCACGGGAAGGCCACGGAGGACUCGCAGGCACUCGCUGGCCGCCACGACGCGCCCUGAGCAGCUCGGAGCGAGCGACCGACCUCCACGCGCGUCCCGGACACACUGCCGCCGCCGCCGCUGCCGCCGCGCGCUCUCGCGCCGCACUCCCUCGCACGUCACCACGUGCGCGGCCGCCAACGCCUCCCCGGCCGCUUCCGGCUCGGCUGCCUGGGCGAAUCACCGGCGAGCUCCCGGGAAGAUCGCGCUCUGAAGCUCCGCCCCCGGGGGCGAAGCCCCGCUCCGUCUCCCCGCCCUCCUCCUUGGCCGCCCCCUCCGGCCUCCGCCGCUCAACUAGGAACCGGUUUCCCUGCCGCCUCCUUCCCUUGCCCUGCCUGCUCCUCGAGAGAUCCGACGUGGCGAUUCGAGUUCUCAGCGUCACACUGACUUCUAGGCAACCACCCUAGACCGGGACCCCGGCCGCAGUUGGGCGUUAGAUUUUGACCCCGGAGGGUGGAGGGGUGAGGAAUGGAGGAAGAAGGGAUAAGUCUGAAAGGAGGGCCUCGACAACUCCUCCAUUGGCCAGCUUUGGGUGGGGGUUCAGUGAGCCGGUGAAAACAGUUGAGAUAGUAUCAGUCUGCCAUUAAAAAAAAAAAAAAAGUGUUCGCUUCUACUUUUUGUUCCCCGGUAGUCAGUUCCUCGCUAGUCUUGCCUUCUUUGGGCAAAGAAAAAGUAGCUUGGAGAAUUGUUAGUCCCUAUCGCUACCUCCUGGGGCCUUUUUAACCCAGGAGCCGAGCACAAAUAUCCGCCCACCACCUUGUUCCUGGGAGGCAAUCUGUUAGGUCAAAUGUGAUUUAAGCUGGGCUCCGCCACCACCGCUUCAUAGGACUCGGAAAGGCACACUGUGAAAGUUUCCUUGAUCGAAGAUGAGGGGACUUGGUGAGAUUAUAUCCAAACGUGUGUGAAUUAUACACAUAUUAGAGUUAGGGAAAGGCUUCUAGGUGAAUGGCCUGCUCAAGCUGGGUCGUGGAGGGCACUUACUCAGUCUAUACCUAACUUUGUAUUUGGUCGUCCCAAAUCUGCUUAAUUUCUAGACGUUUCUCAGAGCCCUUUGACAAUGCUUUCUUCCAUUCUUUCGUUUAUGCUUAU